AGUGCGACUGGUGCAAGUUCAAGUGCGAAGGAGAGAAGGGUAGAUGGCUCUCUUCCUUGUCAGUUCUUCAAUGGCAAUUGGGAAAUUGAAUCCCGCAAACGCCUCGCCUUCGCUGAAACGGGUGCGCUUCGGAGGUUUCCGGGUUAAAGCGUUCUUCAAUCCUAUCGAAGAGCCGAUUCUGAAGAAAGCUCUUAAGGAGCCUGUUGCCUUCAUGAGUGGGAUGGUUGCGGGUCUUCUAAGACUUGAUUUGAAUGAAGAUCCACUCAAAGAAUGGAUAACAAGAACAGCUGAAGCCUCUGGAAUUACAGAAGAAGAAAUGGAUGUGAAAGGAUCGAAACUAGAAGAAGAAGCCCCACAACAGAUAGAGAUCGAAUGAAGGCCAGUUUUCUCAGGGUUUACACCAGUAGUUAAGUUCUUCUAUGUAUAUCAAAGCCAUGUACUUGAUAUUUGGAAACUAUACAAGGAUGGAUGUUCAAUAACAUGCUUCUUUUUCUUGAAGAAUCAACUUAGAUCUCA